AUGGAGGCCAAACAGUUUGAGACCUUGAAGGAAACCCUAUGGGACUUCAUGAAGACGGAGAUUUAUCCCAACGAACUGCUUCACAUCCAGCAGGUGAGGGAGGUUCGGGCGAAGGGCCCGAGCCAGUGGCGGCAGCCGCCCAUCAUCGUCGAGCUGCGUGAGAAGGCGAAGGCCAGGGGCCUUUGGAACCUUUUCCUGCCUGUAGACUCGGCCAAACUGGCGGGGCGCCGCGGCGGAGGCCUCACAAACCUGCAGUAUGCUGAGUGCUGUGAGAUCAUGGGGACCGCCAACCAUGCCGAGUUCGCGGCAGAGGCUUGCAACUGUGCGAGCCCAGACACUGGGAACAUGGAAGUACUGGCCCGAUUUGGCACGGAGGAGCAGAAGAAGCAGUGGCUGGCCGGGUGA